AUGUCGCCCCCAAUGUCGCCGUCGUCGACACCAUCCUCGUCGUCGUCGUCGUUACCGUCCCCCUCAGAACUGCUCGCCGUACUUCACUGUCCACUGUGUUCACCACCAUCCCUACUCUCAAGUCCGACUACACUUCCUUGUGGCCAUACCGUUUGCUCAGCCCAUGUCAGCAGUGCACAAUGCCCAAUACCAUCAUGUGUAUCCAGCAACCAGCAGCAACCUGCCCCAGACAUGCCAUCUUCGUCCCGUGUCGCCUUUUACCCCGCACCCGCGCAUCCACACAACGUAACGGAUGACUACCACUCACCGAACCCCAGGAUAGACGUCACCAUCAACAAACUCAUAGCGUUUCUUACCCGCGCCAAAGUCGAGCUCAAGACGGAUCCAAAUGACCAUUUCGUGGAUACGCUAGGUGACUCUUCAGACGAUGACUUGGUCAUUCCAACCACAUCAUUGCAUCGCCCAGUGUCACCACAUACGCCUCCCUCAAGUCCUGAAUCAUCUCGCCCCAGAAAGAGAAGACGUCACGGUUGUCAGCCACAAUCACAACAACGGCCAAGGCAGUCUACGUUUUUGGAUCCACCACCAAAUCCGGUCGCACUUUAUGAAAAGGAGCUGCUUACGGAACUAUCGUGCGAGAUAUGCUUCAUGCUGUUCUUUCAGCCUGUAACUACGCCCUGUCAACAUUCUUUCUGUUCAAAGUGCCUUCAGCGCUCUCUGGAUCACAGCAUGUUUUGCCCGCUUUGUCGCAAAGACCUUCCAGGCAAUGCCAUCUUUCAAGACUCUCCGACCAACAAAGUCAUCCUCUCUAUUCUACUCAAAGCAUUCCCGGAAAGUUAUGCAGAACGGGGAGAAACGCUCAGAGCAGAGGAGCGCGACAUGAGAUUAGAUACACCUAUAUUCGUCUGUCAAUUGUCGUUUCCCGGGAUGCCUACUCUCCUUCACUUUUUCGAACCUCGCUACCGUCUGAUGCUUCGUCGCUGUCUGGAGUCUCCUCAUCCCAUUUUUGGCAUGGUACUUCCUCCUCGCCCAGACGGUCAAUGCGAGUUUGGAACAAUGUUGGAGAUUAGGUCCGUUCAAAUGCUUAGCGACGGUCGGAGUAUGGUCGAGACUUGGGGUACCCAUCGUUUUAGGAUACUUGAAAGAGGCGUGUUGGAUGGAUAUAUGGUCGGUAGGGUUGAAAGAAUCGAUGAUUUUGACGAUGAUUUGGAGGAAUGGGCAUUUGGGACUGCUGAAGAAGAUACAGAGGAUACUGCCCCCUCAGAAGACACGCAAGAUACAAAUCAGCACCAUCUUCUCUCUCGCCUGGUUUCCUCCUUAUCACAAGUUCAAACACCAACAUCCGCUUCUCCCCAUUCCGCAAACGCGCAGUCACAGCUCCCUUCUCUCUAUUCCCCCACUCGUGUCCCCUCUACCUCCACGUUGCUCGCGACCUGUCAUACAUUUUUAUCACAGCUCCAUUCAGGAACAGCACCAUGGGUUGUCCAACGCCUCCAGCACACUUAUGGCAACCCCCCUCCAUCGUCCGAUCUCUCUGCUUUCUCUUUUUAUAUGGCACUUGUCCUUCCUAUCGAUGAGCAUGAGAAGGCCAAAUUGUUGCCGGUCAGGAGUGCACGGCUGAGGUUAUGUGUUGAGCCCCAGGCAUGUGGGGUUUGA